ACUCCUUACAUGAAAUGCAAAGACAGUAGAGCUUCAUAGCUUACAAACAAACCAAACCAUAUAUACCAUACCAUUCUCUUUAAUGGCCACAAGUGAAAGAGAGAAGAAGAUGAAGAAGAUAAAACAAGGAGGCAUGAGAACCAUGCCUUUCAUUCUAGCAAAUGAGGUGUUUGAUAGGUUUGCAACAGCAGGAUUCAAUGCAAACAUGAUAACAUAUUUAACUCAACAGCUUCACAUGCCUCUUGUUGAAGCUUCAAACACCCUAACAAACUUCGCUGGGACAUCAAGCAUGACACCGAUCAUCGGCGCGCUCAUUGCCGACUCCUUCGCCGGCCGCUUCUGGACCAUCACACUAGGAUCCAUCUUUUAUCAACUCGGAAUGAUUAGCUUGACGUUAUCAGCUAUAUUACCUGGUUUACAUCCACCGCCGUGCUCUGGCAACCAGACAUGCCGAGAAGCAUCAAAAUGGCAGCUCCUCUUCCUCUACGGCUCGCUUUUACUAACCUCUAUCGGUUCAGGCGGUAUCCGGCCAUGCGUGGUAGCCUUCGGCGCAGACCAACUAACUCUCAAUGACCCUAACCCAAACACCAAGAGAUGGAGCUUCUUCAACCUCUACUUCUUCAGCAUGGGGAUAUCCACACUGUUAGCUCUAACAGUAGUGGUCUACAUCCAGGAGAAUAUAGGGUGGGGCUGGGGACUUGGAAUCCCAACCAUUGGAAUGUUCUUCUCCGUUGUUGUCUUUGUUAUAGGGUACCCUUUGUACAUCAAGCUCAAACCUGGGGGUAGUCCUCUAACCAGAUUAGCUCAAGUUGUUGUUGCCGCAUUCAGAAAGAGAAAAACACCCUUGCCUUCUGACCCUAAUCUUCUCUACCAAGACAAAGAGUUGGAUGCCGACAUUUCCGUCACCGGAAGACUCCUCCACACUGAUCAGCUCAAGUUCUUCGACCGAGCUGCUGUUGUAAGAGAAGGUGACAUGCUAAGCUCCGGCAUGCCAAAACUCUGGAGAUUAUCAACAGUCCAUCGAGUCGAAGAACUUAAAUCAAUUAUACGCAUGAUGCCGAUUUGGGUUGUCGGCAUUCUUUUAGUUACUGCAGCAUCACACAACCACACGUUCGCUAUACAACAAGCUCGAUCAAUGGACCGGCAUCUUUGGCACAGUUUUGAAAUCCCGGCUGCUUCCAUGAGCAUCUUCACAGUCUUCUCCAUGCUUCUAACACUCGCCUUUUACGAUCAAAUCUUUGUGCCGGUUGCUCGGCGUUUCACUGGCAAACCUUCAGGAAUAACAUACCUGCAAAGGUUAGGCAUUGGACUGAGCAUUUCAGUCACUGCCAAUGUGGCUGCUGCUCUCGUGGAAGUCCGACGAAAAGCAGUGGCAGCUAAAUAUGGACUUAUAAACCAGCCAAAUGCAACUAUUCCAUUGACUGUAUUUUGGUUGAUUCCUCAGUAUUCAAUCUCUGGAAUUGCUGAAGCUUUCAUGUCAGUGGCUCACAUGGAGUUUUUAUAUGAUCAGUCGCCGGAGAGUAUGAGAAGCACAGCCGCGGCGCUGUUCUGGUUGGCUGUGUCAACUGGGAACUACAUGGGAACUUUGUUGGUGACUUUGGUGAAUGAUUUGACAAAGAAGAAAGGGGAUUGGUUGCAAAAUAAUAUUAAUAAGGGGAAGCUGGAUUAUUAUUAUUGGCUUGUUACUGGACUUCAGGUGCUUAAUCUUGCGUAUUAUGUUUUAUGUGCUUCCUUUUAUAAGUUUAAGCCUUUGGAAGUGGCUGAGGUGGACAAGGGGUUUAGAGUGGGUGAUGAAGAGGGUGGUGGCAAUGGAGAUGUGGAGCUGGUUGGUGUUGUUGAUGUGAGAGCCAAGUAAAGGAUAAAAUUUUCCUGUUGUUGUUGAAAAUUGGUCCUGUGUUUUGUGGUACUUGACUUUGCCACCCACGUUUGUGUUAUAUAUAAUCUGUGAGUGAACUCAACGUGAGAAAUGGCGUAAAUUUUAUGGAGUAUUGGGUAUAUUUAGUUUUCGUCCUCCUAUAUAUAUAUAUAUAAAAAUACUUCAAGAA